AUGCAGGUGAACUCUCUGCCAGUUCUCUGGCUCGUUGAUGGGCAGCUAGUGGUCCCUCCUGGAUACCUGAUGCCGGUGCGCGACCCCCGCCACGCUGCAACCACCCAGAGCGCCUGCUGCUCACAGAAGAGGAAGCGAGAUGACCACAGCGAGCCGCCAUACGUUAAGAAGCCACCCAACGCCUUCAUGCUCUUUCUGAAGGAGCAGAGGGUGAGUGUGGUGGCUGAACUUCGCCACACCGGGAGCGCGGCGGUGAACACCAUCUUGGGGGAGAGAUGGAAGUCCUUGUCCACCGAGCAGCAGGCCAAGUACUACCAGGAGGCCGACGCAGCGAGGCGCCGCCAUGAGCAGCAGCACCCCCAGUGGUCCAGCAGGGACAACUACGGCCAGAAGAGGAAGAGGAGGCGUCAGGGGAGCACAGCUCCCAGCAGCUCUGGAGCUUCCUCUUCUCAGCCUGAGGGAGGGUCUGCAGCACCUGCCUCUGAUGUCUGA